AUGGACUGGAUGGACUUACACAGUUCUUCAAUCUGGAACAACCUAACAGGCUUCGGAGGGGACGGCGAUCCGUCCGGACCCAUUGUCGUUGGGGAAGGCCGCUGCGUGACUGACGGCCCGUUCUCCAAUCUGCGUCCCGUUAGAUAUAACCAUACGAGCUUGAAGCAUUGCCUUGCGCGGGGCUUCCGGAAUGAGGACGCCGUCGGUCGUCCCUUGAACACAUGGUUCGGCCCCGAGUCGAUCGGCAGGCUUCUACGCACACCUAGAUACCGCGACUUCGAAUGGGAUAUGGAAAACCGCCUGCACAACCGAAUGCAUCGCGCCGUCAGUGGGGAUUUUCUAUCGCUAACGGCCGCCAAUGAUUGUGCUUACAACACGGAUUGGACAGACCCCGUUUUUUACCUUCAUCAUGCGCAGAUAGACCAUCUUUGGUGGCGGUGGCAACAGGAGAACAAAGCAACCAGGUUAUAUGAAUAUGAAGGGAAACACAUGUUCAACUCGACAGAUGGAGAGGCAAGUCUUAGUGACAUGCUUCACUACGGAGGGUUCACUGAAGACAUCCCAGUAUCAUUUGUCAUGGACACGGAAGGCGGGCGUCUGUGCUAUAAAUAUUAA